GGGUCAUAGCAUUUCAUUAUUUCAUUCCCAACCCGUUUCUGUGUGCAUUUCUUCUGAUUCCUAAAUCACCGCGGAUGUUCGGGUAUAUGCGUUUUGUUUUCUACAUUUCGUAUAUUUCAUAAAAUCUACUGCAGUCUAAUCGACAGUGGAAGCACUAUUUGGCGGUGGAAAUGACGGGAGUUGAAGUAGUGGAGGAGAAGAAACUUAGCAAAAAAUAACAAUAGCUGAUACUAUUCUUACUCUUUGACAAAUGAUUGCAAACAUUGUUCGGUGUGCUCAAAUAAAAUGGCAUACUGUGUCGCGAUCAUUGUUACGACAUGUCAAUGGUUCAAACGCCACGCAGAAACGAUGCAAAAGUGAGCAAAAACGGCAGCUAAAAGCGCAACAGAAACUGAAGGAAAAAGCAGAAAAAGAAUUACAACGAGCUGCUGCUGCAACUGCUUCGGUAGCGGAAAAAAGCAAGCAAGAUGGAAAGGUGGUCGAUCCAUCGGACCCACAGGAAUAUUUCAAACUGCGAACAGCUCUAAUUAAUGAGCGUCGAAGCAAAGGCAUCAAUCCAUAUCCUCACAAAUUUCACGUUUCGAUAUCUUUGGCAGAUUUUAUCGCUAAGUAUAACAGCUUGGAGAAAGAUGUCAUACUGAAUGACAUUGUUCAAAGUGUAGCAGGGCGAGUAUUUUCAAAACGUGAAUCGGGAGGAAAAUUGAUUUUUUACGAUCUUCAUGGAGAAGGGACGCGCCUACAAGUACUUGCAAAUGCUAGAUUUCAUAGUGGUGAUGAGGCAUUUGAUAAUCUUCAUGAUCGAAUCAAGCGCGGCGAUAUUAUCGGUGUGAACGGAUAUCCAGCAAGAUCUAAGUCUGGUGAACUUAGCAUUAUACCAUAUGAGAUCAUUCAGCUGACCCCGUGUUUGCAUAUGUUACCACAUACACACUUCGGUUUAAAAAAUCAAGAGACUAGAUAUCGGAUGCGUUAUCUCGAUUUGAUUAUGAAUCCUGAUGUCAAAAAUAGAUUCGUCACUCGAUCAAGGAUGAUCAGUUUUUUGAGGCGUUAUCUUGAUAAUCUAGGUUUCUUGGAGGUUGAAACACCCAUGAUGAAUCUGAUAGCUGGUGGUGCUACAGCUAAACCGUUUAUCACACAUCACAAUGACCUCGAUAUGGACCUUUACCUUCGAGUUGCUCCUGAAUUGUACCUAAAGAUGUUGGUGGUCGGUGGUAUCGACCGUGUUUAUGAGAUAGGGCGAGUGUUCCGUAAUGAAGGAAUUGACCAAACUCAUAAUCCAGAAUUUACAUCAUGCGAAUUUUACAUGGCUUAUGCAGACUAUGAGGACUUAAUGAAGAUUACUGAGGAUAUGCUUGCGAGAAUGGUUUAUUAUAUGCAUGGAACUUACAAAAUUCAAUACCAUCCGAAUGGUAUAGUCGAGAAUCCCGUAUAUGAAGUUGAUUUCACACCACCUUUUCGAAAAGUUAAUAUCUACGAUGGGUUGCAAGAAAAACUUGGUAUUCAGUUCCCUCCAGCUGACACUCUGGACACCGAUGAAGCCAAUAAAUUUUUUGACAAGUUAGCAGUUGAAAAUAAUGUCGAGUGUCCAGCACCGAGAACAACGGCAAGACUGCUUGAUAAGUUAAUUGGUGAAUUUUUGGAACCCACAUUUAUAUCGCCAACUUUCCUUACCGGACAUCCACAAAUAAUGUCACCCUUAGCAAAAUGGCACCGUUCGAUACCGGGCCUAACGGAAAGGUUUGAAUUGUUCGUAGUCACCAAAGAAAUCGUUAACGCUUAUACGGAAUUGAAUGAUCCAUUGACGCAACGGCUUCGUUUCGAUGAGCAAGCAAAGCAAAAGCAAGCAGGAGAUGACGAAGCACAAAAUAUUGAUGAGAAUUACUGUACCGCAUUGGAGUAUGGUUUACCACCAACCGCUGGAUGGGGUAUGGGUAUUGAUCGCUUGGCGAUGAUCUUAACUGACAGCAAUAAUAUCAAAGAAGUGCUGUUCUUCCCAGCAAUGCGACCUGAUGAAAAGGGGACAAAUGUUUUGGAUGAAGGAGGUAAUGCCUAAUGUGACGGGUCUGUGGAAUUUAUAUUUUAACUUGAACUUGAAGCGUUAAUGAGGUUUGCUUCAACAAUGAAGCAACUAAGAAAUUCGUACAUUUUGGCUGAUGUAUUGCAAAAAUCCGUACAUUUUGCCUGGUAUAUUUAAUGCUUUAAACAUAUUAACUCCUUGCUAUUUGUUGUUAAGUUUUUAUUUUUAACCGGAUGAUGCAUCUGGAUUUCCUCUUUGUUACUUUUUUUAGUCUUCAGGAAAUUCUCACUUUGCUUUUUAUUAACCUUGGAACUAAUAUUCACUGUGCUUCUUUGCUAAAUAUAUGUUUGAUAUGCACAAGUGCAAACAAAUAAAGAACUAAA